CUUUUGUCGUGUUCCACGCAAAAUAAAUAAUAAAAGAAAUUAACACACACUACUGCGUUUCACAGAGACACCAUUUUUACGGCCUUGACUCCAUUGCUUUGCUUCGUCGUUACCUUUUUGUCCUGUUGUCUACUCUUUACCAACAAAGUUUAAGAGUGAGAAAAUUUUCAGAGAAAAAAAUUGUGGAAUGAUGGAGUGGGAAAAGCAGCCGCCUCGGACAACGGAAGAGGCGAGCGGCGGCGGCGGGAGCGGGGUGUUUGUGAAGGUUAUGACCGACGAACAAAUGGAGGUUCUCCGGAAGCAGAUAGCGAUUUACGCCACCAUUUGCGAGAAGCUCGUCGAGCUACACAAAUCCCUCACCUCCCAGAACGAUCUUACUGGAGUGAGGCUCGGGAACCUGUACUGCGACCCCUUGAUAGCCAGCGGGGCCCACAAGAUGAGCGGCCGCCAGCGGUGGACCCCAACUCCACUGCAGCUCCAGAUCCUUGAGCGGAUGUUCGACCAGGGGAUCGGGACCCCAAGCAAGCAGAAGAUUAAAGAGAUCACGGCCGAGCUUUCCCAGCACGGCCAAAUAUCCGAGACCAACGUCUACAACUGGUUCCAGAACAGGCGGGCCCGCUCCAAACGCAAGCAGCAGGUGGCCCCAUCCACCAAUGCAAACGACUCAGAGGUCGAGACUGAGGUCGAGUCCCCUAACGACAAGAAGAGCAGGCCGCCACCCGAGGAUGAGUUCCAGCCUCAGCAGCAGCAGCACAUACGGGCCGCCGCAAGGCCCGAUCACGAGCUCUGCUUCCAAAGCCCACAGGCCCAGCCCGUGGACAUGCAUGAGCCUCCUCCCCUGCCCACCCAGGAGGGAAGCUCCAAGUUCGGGGGGGCCGUGAGCCAGAUGCCGUUCUAUGGGGGUAUGCUGUCUAAUACGAGAAUGGACCAGUUCAUGGGAAAGAUGGAAGUACCAGGGAGCUAUAAUCCUUAUUUGCAGCAAGAUGGGUACAACAUGGGGGGAUGAGCAUAAAAUUUACUAUCUAAAACCAUCUUUUUUUUCUUACAAUACUCAUAUUAUAGUUUCAGCCUAUAAAGCCAAUCAGCGGUCUUUACACGAGCUGGGAGCUGACCGUCUCGUGUUCUUGGAGAUUCCGAGCCUGAACAUGAAGAUGGACUUAUCUAGCUAGCAAAUUAUUGGUACUAUUACCAAUUAAAUUAGUAUAUGAAUCGAACUUCUUUUUUCCUGCUUUAAUCUCUCUUUUCUAUCAUCAUGGUGAUUUGGUUAAGUCCAGAGUUUUUUGCGUCAGUAUUAUUUCGGGCCUUAUAUAUUCUAUUUCGACAUCCGCAUUGUGUAUCUUACUACCUUUCCCAGAUUAACAAUUGUCUGAUUUUUAUUGGUUUAUGCUACUAUUUCAGCAAAAUAAAGUUCCUGAUGAUAUGAGCACAAAAGUAUAAAAUAAAAUGAAAAUUAUCUGCAAAUGGGCCAGCAGGUGAAUUUUUGUA